CUUUAGAGACAACCUACUGGUGUUUCUGUGCAAGACUAGGGUUCAAGUUUGUUCAGAAAGCUCAACAGAUCUAGGAGGAUGUCGGCAACAAGCAGUGCCAAGAGUUUGGGUGACGUCAGCAGAAAGGCGAAAAGGGAUUCUUCUGAGCGAUCUGUCAGAGAGGAGAAACGCUUCAGAUGUGAGGAGUGCAACAAGCAGUUCGGUAAGCUGUGUAAUCUGAAGGCUCACAUGCGGACUCACACAGGGGAGAAACCCUACAAGUGUGAGGAGUGCAGCAGGCAGUUCAGUCAGCUGGGUGCUCUGAAGAGUCACAUGCGGACUCACACAGGGGAGAAACCCUACACGUGUGAGGAGUGCAGCAGGCAGUUCAGUCAGCUGGGUGCUCUGAAGAGUCACGUGCGGACUCACACAGGAGAGAAACCCUACAAGUGUGAAGAGUGCAGCAGGCAGUUCAGUCAACCUGGUCAUCUUGAGGAACAUAUGCGAACUCACACAGGUGAGAAGCCUUACAGGUGUGAGGAGUGCAGCAGGCAGUUCAGUAAGCUUGGUAAUCUGAAUGCUCACAUGCGUACUCACACAGGUGAGAAACCCUACAGUUGUGAGGAGUGCAGCAGGCAGUUCACUUUGUUCCAUCAUCUAAAGGCACACAUGCGGACUCACACAGGUGAAAAACCCUAUAAGUGUGAGGAGUGCAGCAGGCACUUCAGCGAGCUCGGGGAUCUGAAGAAGCACAUGCGGACUCACACUGGGGAAAAACCCUACAGGUGUGAGGAGUGCAGCAGGCAGUUUAGUGAGCUUGGUAGUCUGAAGACUCACAUGCGGACUCACACAGGUGAGAAACCCUACAAGUGUGAGGAGUGCAGCAAGCAGUUCAGCCGGCAGUACAGACUAAAGAAACACAUGGAAACUCACAAAUGUUUCUACAGAAGUUGCCCCAGAUCUAGGAGGAUGUCGACAACAAGCAGUGCCCAGGGUUUGGGUGACGUCAGGAGAAAGGCGAAAAAGGAUUCCUCUGUUCGAUCUGUCAGAGAGGAGAAACCCUACAGGUGUGAGGAGUGCAGCAAGCAGUUCAGUCAUCUGUGUAAUCUAAAGGCUCACGUGCGGACUCACACAGGUGAGAAACCCUAUAAGUGUGAGGAGUGCAGCAAGCAGUUUAGUCAGCUGAGUGAUCUAAAGACGCACAUGCGGACUCACAAAGGGGAGAAACCCUACAGGUGUGAGGAGUGCAGCAAGCAGUUCAGUCAGCUGGGUGCUCUGAAAAUCCACAUGCGGACUCACACAGGUGAGAAACCCUACAGGUGUGAGGAGUGCAGCAGGCAGUUCAGUGAGCUGGGUAAGCUGAAGAGACACAUGCGCACUCACACAGGUGAGAAACCCUACAGGUGUGAGGAGUGCAGCAGGCAGUUCAGUGAGCUGGGUAAGCUGAAGAGUCACAUGCGGACUCACACAGGGGAGAAGCCCUACAGAUGUGAGGUGUGCAGCAAGCAGUUCAGUCGGCUGGGAAAUCUGAAGAGACACAUGCGGACUCACACAGGCGAGAAACCCUACAAGUGUGAGGAGUGCAACAGGCAGUUUAGUCUGUUGGAUAGUUUGACGAAACACAUGCGGACUCACAAAGGAUAAAACUUUACAUCUGUUCAUCUUGAAGACCUAUAUGCUACUUAUUCUCAGUAAAAUCAGUUCAGUUUGGCAUCGUUGAGACACUAGCUUUUCUGUUAUUUGGAAAAGUAUCUGUUUUGUGAGAAAUCAUUAUGGGUGAAAGUUAAACACAAACAUUUAGAAAUUGUCAUUGAAUGAGAGUUUCACUGCCUCUUUGACGUCAUGCUAUACAGCAACAGAGACGGGGGCUGACAUAGAUUGCAACUUAUGAUCUGCUGCCUAGCGAGUCACAUGUUCUAUCUGCAUUAUUACAAGAGAGGUUUAUUGUGCAUUCCGUGACAAAGAUAGGAUUUGGACAAUUUUUGCGUUAAAAGUUACAGUUCAACCAGUGUGACCCAGUAUCUUAGGCUAUUCAAGUAAUUUUGGUUCCACAAAAAUAGUUCAGCUGGAGUGUUAUCAAAAUUACUUUCGACAAUGUUACUUUUGUUGAAAGCGUAUUGUAUUCAAGUUGAUUUCCUAUCUUUUAACUUCUAUGAUCGUAAAUCUUGUUUGGUAGUUUUCUAACAAACUAGUUCUAACUUUACAUUGUUUUGUUAACUAGAACGUAACAUUGUUCUUUUAAACUAGAAUGUAACAUCGGUUUUGUAAACUAGAACUUAUUGUUUUUGUAUAGUCAUUGAAUCAACAGUAGCAAGUUAAUGUCUGUGAGGGGAAAAGUGAACUUACAACCUGAAAUGAUGAUAACUGUAUUUUUAUCUCCUAGGGAUAGUGUUUUUAGCUAUGUUUCGUAACGUUACACAUUUUAGGCUUGUACAUGUAGUUUUGUUUAGAUAGAACAAAAUACUAGUACAGGCGUUCUGAGUUUGUAAUAUAAGUUCACUUUAAUAGCUCUUAAGUUUUAACUAUCUUUGUUGUUAAUGUUGA